AUGGGCUUCAUGGGAACGAGCGGCCUGAUCCUUCUCGCACUUAUUACAACAGGGAUUAGCCUAGCUUCUCCUGCCCAUACAGCUAACCCGGUGGUUAAUUUAGGCUACGCUAGCUACGAGGGGUACUAUGACAGUGCCUACGAUCUGAACGUCUUCAAAGGAAUUCGUUAUGCAGCCCCUCCGGUUGGAAAGCUUCGAUGGCAAGCUCCACAGGCUCCCCCAGUGAACCGGACUUCCAUACAAUGUGCCACUAAGCAGCCCCCUCGUUGUCCUCAGUCUGGUGGUGCGAAACUGCCCAAAAUUUACGGCUUCAAUUCGGCCCUCGGCGACGAGGAUUGUUUAUUCUUGAAUGUGUAUGCUCCACCAAGGGCAAAAAAUCUCCCCGUCCUUCUUUGGAUCCAUGGCGGGGGGUACGGCCUUUUCGGGGCUACCUAUGACCCCAGUGAGUGGAUUAAGACGAACGAAAACGGCUUCAUUGCGGUCAUGAUCCAGUACAGAUUAGGUGCUUUUGGCUUCCUGUCAUCGGAAGAUGUGCAUGAACAUGGCCAAACCAAUGCAGGUCUGCUGGAUAUGCGUUUUGCACUUGAAUGGGUCCAAGAGCACAUUGAAACUUUCGGCGGCAAUGCAUCUCGCGUCACGUUGGGCGGUGAAUCUUCAGGCGCUGGCUCAGUGAUGUUGCAGACGAUGGCUUACGGAGGCCGUGAGGAUCACUUGUUUAACAAUAUUAUCGCCGCCAGCCCGUAUACCCCUGCUAUGUACCGCUAUGAUGAUGAAGUACCGACAAAUUACUAUCUUCACUUCGCAGUACGGGCAGGAUGCUACGAUGAGAAACCUGCAUCGAAAACGAGCAUCUUUGAUUGUCUCGUCAAUGCAGACACGAAGACCUUACAACAUGCGAGCGCAAAUAUUUCAACCUCUGGAUCGUGGGGUACUUGGGCCUUUCAGCCUGUGAUAGACGGCGACUUCAUCCGAGAGCUAUCGUCUACGCAAUUACUCAAGAAGGAAGUGAGCGGCAAGCGGAUAUUAUCUGGUAACAAUGCCAAUGAUGGUGUGCCCUUGAGUCCGCCUUACAUCAACACGACUGAUGAUUUUUUGAGUUACAUUAAGAACACUUUCCCCAUGUUCACUGCAUUCGACUAUUCCCGUCUGAGGGAUAUCUAUGGGUUCUGGAAUACUUCCCCCACGAACCAUGGCCCCCGGUACGACACUCUGGGUGAUCGGGGCCCAACCGCUUUGAACCAGUCAGAGAUGGCGACAGGCCUUCAACAAACCAUCUUUAACAUUUUUGCUGAGACAACAUUUGACUGUGCUUCCUACUGGCUUGCAGAUGCUUUCUCAGGGAAUACCGCGAAGGAGAGUUGGAAGUACCAAUUUUCUGUCACGCCUGGAUAUCACGGUGCAGACUUAACUGCAUAUUUCUCUGUUGGAGCGCACACACCUACCCGUGGCUUUACGCAUGCAUUCCAGAAAAUUUGGGGUUCCUUCAUCAUACAUGAUACCCCGGUAAUCUCCAUCGCAGAUGCGAAGGGCCGUGCAGAAAAUUCCACAGUGCCUCAAGGCGCAAACGGGUAUAUCGACUGGCCAACGUGGAAUGAGUCUUCGCCUGUACUCAUGAACCUGAAUACUACAGGUGGAAGGACGGUCUUCGACAAGGUCACUGAUCACCUCUCAUACUGGCUUCGGAAAGAACCUGGUGUAAGGAAUGAGUUUACUCUGGCGGAUGCGUCGAGGUGGGAAGGUGGUCGUGGAGCGCGCUGCAAUUUCUGGCAAAGUGUUGGCCCUCGUGUACCACAAUAA